CGCCUAUUUGUCAAAUAGGAGUUUCUCCUUUCGACUGUCAAUUGAAUGUCUAUAUUGGACGACGUGGACUACAACUUGGAUUGACGCAAGAAUAUACUGAGUUUUUCCCGACCUAAAUAAUGGUUUGCUGUUAACAAAAUAGUUGGUCAUUUAGGAAUGCCAUGCGCCUUUUCAACUACUACUAACAUGUUAGCCAAGUUACUUCGUGAAUUAGCUGUAGUUAGAAACUAGUAGUUAGCAAGUCAGCCAAACACGUUAUGAUUUGGGAACACUAGCUAGCAAAACGUAGCUAACGUUUGCUAGCUAACGAGUUAGAGGACAGCACAAGCUAGUUGCUCACCCUAAAAAACAGUUUAGUUGGUUAAAGUAACUUUUUUUUCCGCUUGACACCAAGACAUUUGUUGGUGGUGGCUAACUAGUUAGCGCGUGGUUUUUAUAAAGCAGCUUUACAGCUUUGUAUGCUAGCUAGCUGACCUAGCCAACUACCUAACGUUAAAGACAUGGGAUUACACCCGUUGGAGUUUAGCGAAUGCUACCUGGACAGUCCCGUUUUCAGGGAGAAAAUAAAGGCACACGAGGCAGAGUUGGACAAAACCAACAGAUUUAUCAAGGAACUCUACAAGGAUGGAAAGAAUCUCAUCAAUGCCACAAAACAGCUUGCGCUGGCGCAGCGCAAGUUUGCCCAGUCCCUGGGAGAAUUCCAGUUUGAGUACAUCGGCGACGCGAAGACCGACGAUGAGAGGUGUAUUGAUGAAUCCUUGCAGGAGUUCUCCAACUUCCUUAAGAACCUGGAAGACCAAAGAGAGCUGAUGAUGAGGAAUAUUACAGAAACGCUAAUGAAACCGCUGGAGAAGUUCAGAAAAGAGCAACUGGGUUCAGCUAAGGCGGAAAGGAAGAAGUAUGAGAAGGAAACUGAGAAGUACUACAGCUCCUUGGAAAAGCUUUUGAACAUGUCAGCAAAGAAGAAGGAACCGCAGCUACAGGAGGCGGACAGCCAGGUGGAGACCAUUAGACAGCACUUCCAGGAGGAGUCUCUGGACUACGUGUGUAAACUGCAGGAGAUCCAGGAGAGGAAGAAGUUUGACUGUGUGGAGCCAAUGCUGGCGUUCUUUCAGACAGUGUUCACCUUCUACCACCAGGGAUUUGAGCUGGCCAAUGACUUUGACCACUACAAGAAAGCCUUACAGAUCAAUAUACAAAAUACACGGAGUCGGUUUGAGGGCACGCGGGUGGAGGUGUUUGAGCUGAUGAAGAGGAUAAGGGAGGUUCCCCAGGAGUACAGACAGACCAGCCCCAUCAGCAGCGAAGGAUACCUCUACGUCCAGGAGAAACGGCCCCCUCCUUUUGGUUCCAGUUGGGUGAAGCGUUACUGCACGUUCGUGAAGGAACAGAAAAUCCUACACAUGGUCACCUUUGACCACAGGUCAGGAGGAAAGAUGGGCGAGACGGAGUCGGUCACCCUCAAGUCUUGUGUCCGCAAAACCACAGACAUGCUGGACAGGCGGUUCUGUCUCGAUAUAGAAAUCACAGACCGCCCGGGAACGGUCCUCACGGUCCAGUCGCUGUCGGAAGAUGACCACAAGUUCUGGAUUCACGCCAUGGGUGGGAAAGAACCAGCUGGGCAGUACUUGGGGAAAACCUAUUCAAAAGAACGUGGAAUCGACGCACAGCUAGAUGACGUAGGAUUGUCGUUUGUGAAGAAUGCCAUCAACGCCAUUGAGACGAGAGGUAUCAAUGACCAGGGCCUGUACAGAGUGGUGGGGGUCAGCUCCAAAGUCCAGAAGCUCCUUAGCCUAAUGAUCGAUGAGAAGAGUAACGAUGUGGAUCUGUCUACGUGUGAGGACUGGGAUGUGAAAACGAUCACCAGCACGCUAAAGCUGUAUUUGAGGAGUCUUCCUGAGCCACUGAUGACCUAUGGACUCUACAAAGACUUUAUCGCCCCUGCAAAGGGUGGUAGUCCAGAGUCUCGUAGCCAAGCCAUCCACUGCCUGGUCCACAAGCUGCCUGAGAUGAACUGCCUGGUCCUGGGGCUACUCAUGAAACACCUGGCUACUGUGGCGGCCCACAGUAAGUUGAACCUGAUGACGGUGGCCAACCUGGGUGUGGUGUUUGGUCCCACCCUGAUGCGGCCCCAGGAGGAUACUGUGGCUGCCAUCAUGGACCUCAAGUUCCAGAACAUUGUGGUGGAGAUCCUCGUCGAGCAACACGAGAAGAUCUUUGGCGACGUCCCAGGCGCGUCUUCCCCAGGGCUCUCCGCCCCCACCAGGCAGUCCAAGAAACUGUCGGUUCGACAGAACCGUCCCCUUGCCGUCUAUAACCCAAAGACCGUGGACCUGCAGACAGUGUUACCGACGUCACCUGAUGUCGGUUCCAACUCGGAUGAGGCGUCGCUAGGCAGCAACGAGUCGGUGUCGUCCCAGUCGACUGCCUCGGGGACACCUCCGGAGAAGGCCAACCAUGCUCCCCUUCUAGCCAGCCUCAGCACAGGAGACAGCCCAGGGGCCUGCAUCGCUGUAGCAGCCUCGUGGCUCAACUCUGGAGCUCUGACCAAAGCCAGUUCUGAUGGGGACAAGACAGUGGACGGUGUCACCGGUGGUGGCGGCAAGAGAGCCAUGGCGGUGUACCCGUGCGAGGCCGAGCACGAAUCUGAGUUAUCCUUCCAGGUCGGAGCAAUAUUCAGCGCCGUGGCACCUUCCAGGGAACCUGGCUGGCUGGAAGGAGAGCUGGAGGGGAAGAAGGGCCUCAUCCCUGAAAACUAUGUGGAGAUGCUGUAGUCCAGAACCUUAGACCUCUUAGCCUGUACACUCUCAGUGGAAGACUAGCCUUGUUCCAGAGCUGUUUGUGCGGUAUACUUUUAUAUGGUCAUAGUCAUUACCAAACCGUGGAAGUUUGCUAUACAGCAAAACAUUGUUGGGAAGACCGCACAAACAGAUCUUGGAUCAGGCUAGUGGAAGGGGGGUAUCGUCAUCCCUGACAAUCUCGCCCAACUGUCACCUUAUACAUGGUAUCCAUGAAGUCGAUGUUGACACUCCCAUUCUCAAAUUCAUACUUUUUCUUAUGCCUUCAACUCUCACGUUCCCUGCCCGGCGACUACUAUGCGUUCAUCAACACGGUCAUUAACUUUAAUGCAGAAUAAUAAUAAAUAUCCCCCAGCAAUGAUGUACAAUCCAUUAUCUUGGAUAUAGGAAAGAAAGUAACAUCUUAAGGUGCCUUACAACACCAAGACAUAGUUGACAUGUAUUUACUGAGCGGGUAUGUUUGGGAAAUGCUAAAGAGUUGUGUUCCGUGAAGAAUGUCUGAAAUACUCUUCAAGAGGUGCUUUGGUAUAUUGUGAUUUAUUUAAUUGGCACAUUGAUUGCAUAUUUUUUUAACCACAAUAUUAGCUUCUUUUUUUCCAAAGUAUGGUAUCCACCGUUGUGACUGAUUGUACACUGACAUGCCGCAGAGGCAGUCAUAUGGGAAUGGUUCUCCUUCGAUCAAACCAUAGAAAUAUAAUUACUAGAACGGUUAUUGUAUUUCUAUGGUUCAGACACUCUUCCUCUGCAUACUUGUUGACCUAGACAUUCAAUGAUGUCCGAACUUAGACUAGUUAUCGGGUAGUUUCCACUUCAAAAAGCACAAGCAGGAUUUGACACCCAUCUCAGAUUGUGCUGAAAUUGUACCUGUAGUUAAAAAACGGAUAAGAUUAGCAUUCCUGAAACACAAUUUGAUCUCUAAGAAUUUAAGCUAAUUGAUUGCACCCAAAUUGCCCAUUUAAAAUAAUAGGAUUUAAAUCCUAUCUUCAAUAAAUAUAGUAACAUUUGACCAUAAUUCUUCUUACCAAUGAGUAAGACAUGAGGAAUCCAAUAGCCACCCACAUACCCGUCACACUCCUCUCCAAUUGCACCCCACAACCAGUAUACAGUAUCAGUUCUCUGUCUAGCAAGUAGUAUGGCGCUGCGGCUUGGAGUCUUGCUUCUUCAUCCUAUGAAAUGUAUUUCUGGUGGGGGGGGUGUCCCCCCCCCCCCCCCCUGUUCAGAGAAAUUAGCCAUUUGAAGUUGCUGGCAUUACCAUAAAUUAGUGUGAGUACCAGGUUUGUCUACUAUAUGCCGCUGUUCCUGCUACUGCCACAACCUUUUAUCCAUGUUGCUGGUCUCUUGUGUUUAUUACAUGGGUCACACCUUUUGUGACCCAUGUACCAAACAUGGGUCACAAAAUUGCCAUGCAAUUUACUUUGCAACUUUGGGUAGAAAAAACAAUAGUUUUUGCUCAUGAUGAAACAUUGUGGCCAUUCUCAUAAUUCAAGCCAGUCCUCCAUGAAAGCAAUUCAGGUUGUCCUUCUCUUAGGCUUAAUCUGUUUCCAGGAAACGGCCCCUCUGUGUAGUUUAUUUCCUUUAAAAAAAGGUCUGGAUUAGUUUGACCAUUCCUGGUGAAUAAACAUACCAUUAGGCUACAGCAGUUCUAAUGGUUUCAAUGUUAUGCUCUUCAAUGGGAAAAGUCCCAAACACACACUAUAUAGUAUUUUUGCAAUGGUGUUGGGUUUAAUGGUACAAGUUGCUAAUCACAAAACAUAUAUUUUCAAAUAAUUGUAUUAAAAAACAUACGACUGCCAUGCAAUAGUUUAUCAUUUUGUUAGGGUUUUGUCACAUUUUAGUCACUAGUAGGAAAAGUUUUCAUGAGAAUUGCACCAUAGGUGUUGCCCACUCAGCUGCCAUUUGUUGGGUUUAAUCAUUAGGCUGCUAAGACAAAGGCGAACUGAAUUGCUUUCAUGGACUGUCUUGACUUGUGAGGAUGACCACACAAUUUAUUUUCAUCAUGAGCAAAAGCUAUUGGUGUUCUACCCAAAGUUGCUAAGAAAAUGUUGUGAGCCGUUUAAUAAACAUGAGACCAGCAACAUUUACAAUGGGGUGUGUCAGUAGUAGGAACAGCAACAUCAAGUUGACAACCUGGUACUUUCAGACUAAUAUUUGGUAAAUAAUACAAGUGAUUUCAAAUGGUAAAUUUCUCUAAACGGGGGGGAAAAAACACCUGAUUCAGAGGGAAUACAUUACAUAGAAUGAAGAAGCAAUACUCCAAGCCGCAGCUCCAUACUACUUGUUAGCCAGAACUGAUGCUGUAUAAUGACCAUUGGUGUGGGGGUCCUUGGGUGGCUUUUGAUCAUUUUAUUGGAUUCCUUGUCUUGCUCAAUGAUAGGAAAACCUUUGGUCCAAAUCAGAUGUUGGGUACUAUAUUUUGUGAAUCCUGUAAAUUACAAGGGCCAUUUUGGGUUCAAUCCAUUAGCUUAAUUUCUCAGAAUAAAUAAAAUGUCAAGAAAAUUAUGUUGCAUGAAUGCUAAUCUUAUGUUUCAAAAUACAGAAAUGGCUUGCUGAAAGGACAUGGAAUGAGUAUCUAAAGUUCUAAUCAAUUCUUUAGGUGUGACAAUGUUGAACUCAAUGCAGCAAUGAUGUAUGGGAAUGUGCAAAACAAAGUGGUUUUUAUUGGAAACCGGUUUUAUAGAUCCGUAUUUGACAUUGUUCAAUCUUUCUGAACAGAAUUUAUGAAAAAUUAGAUAACGUUCACAUCUAAUUUUUAUUAUUCUGUACCAAAUUGACUGACAAGACAAUAUUUUAUUAUUACCACGACCACAAAUGCAGUAUUGUCUAUGGCUGUGUAUAUAGUUAUUUUAAAAGGCCACACAAUGCCAAGUAUAUUCUAUUCUAAAGCCCUUUUUUUAGUGGUCAACGGAAUUAAAGUUUUUAGUGGUUUCAUUUGGAGUGGUUUUUACAAUUGUAAGUGUACUAAACACAUCACAAUACUUUUAUUCUAUUGCCGUUCAAUAAUGUCGGGUUCAUUUUUCUAAGAGCUUUUGUUCUCUCAUUUUGCAUUGCAAUUGCAGUAAUUUAAGACUGAUUCAUGACAUUUCUAAAGGUCUUGGCAUCCAUUUCAAUUUUGUAACAUCGAUGUCCUCUUGAUCAAUGUUAAAUAAAGACAUUUUUAUUCUUUA